AUGCUCCGAUCAUUUAGACUUACCUCCCGCAGCACGCAGCACGGCAUAACACACCGCAGCCCCCCGUCACCCUUCUUCGCCCAAACCCCCACCUCCGCCACGCCAUGCUCGCCCACACGCCCCUCUCCCCCCAUCGCCGCCGGCGGCGGCGGCGGCGUGGAGUUCCGCCGCAAGCUCCACUUCCUCUCUGCCGAGCUCCACCUCGACCCGUUCCCACUCCUCGCCAUCCACCCCGCGCUCCGCUCGGCGCCGUUGCUGCUCCUCCGCAACUCCCUACGCCUCCUCACCUCCCACGGCCUCUCCGCGCGCGACGACGCCCGCGUCUUCUCCGUCUUCCCUUCCUUGCUCACCUCCCCACCCGGCGAGCCCCUCCGCUUCCUCUCCGCCGAUGCGCCACUCCCGCCGCCGCUCCUCUGCGCCGCGGUGGUCCAGUCCCCGCGCCUCCUCGCCGCAUCCGUCCCCGAUACCCUCAGCCCCGCGCUCCGCUUCCUCCGCCGCCGCGUCUCCCUCCGCCGGGAGCCCCUCCCGCUCGCCGCCGCCCUGCUCCUGGCGUUCUCCGUCGAGCGCACCCUCCUCCCCAAGCUCCUCUUCCUCCGUGGCGCGACGGGCCUUCCCGACCCCGCCGUCUGCGCGGUCCUCAGGCGCGCGCCCGCCAUCCUCUCCUACGGGAUCGAGACCAACCUCACGCCGAAGCUCCAGUUCCUCUCCGAACGCAUGGGGAGGGACCCCGCUGCUGAGCUAGCCGAGUUCCCGCACUACUUCGCAUUCAGCUUGGAGGGGAGGAUCAGGCCGAGGCACGAGGCGUUGAGGGAGAGGGGCGUCGAGAUGUCGCUUAAGGACAUGCUCACAAGCAACGAUGACGAGUUCAGGGAGCGGCUGCUCGACGCGACACUGUCGCCCACCAAGGCGAGGUUGUGAGCUUGCAUCCAGAAGCACUGUAUGCAUGAUAACUGCAUCUGGUUAUGAAGUGGCAGUGCUUUGAGAGCGGUUUCGACUUAACCAGAUUACCCUCCAACAUGACCCAUGGCAUAGGCAACAAUUUGCAAUAUAAAUUUAGUUUCACAUGUCAUUUCAAUUUCAGCCUUGAUGGUAAGGCUGAGAUGUAUGAAGUUCACAAGGAGAGAGGCAUGGAGAUGUUGCCUUACGGAAUUGCUCAAUGGAUUAUCCUUCUUAUAUCGUAUCAUAUAAUCAGCAGUGGUGAACGAAAAGUAAUGCUUCUGUUAAGGUCAUGCUGUCAUUGAACUCGGGGGCUAUGUUUUCAUUCAUAGCCGUGGAGAAAGGACGGGCCUGCGGCAUGAGUUGCUGGACGACACCGAAGUUUGGCAUCAAUGGGGACCAUGAACCUCCUAAAAAUAGGUGUGCAGUAACUUGUAAUCAGCUAAAAUAGUUUAGUAAUAGAAUUUUGCUUUGCUCCUUUCUCAGUGCAAAUGCUUUAGGGAGAGUCAUGGAGUUAACAAUGAACAUAGAGGAACUUGAUAUCUUGCUGUUUGUGAUAAUGAUAAAGGAUUCCAUGGGAUAUCAUGAAUGCACUUGUUGUUUGAUUUACUUUUAGCAUUAUAUAAUUGGAAAAUCUGAAAUAUGGAACACCUGAUUAUGGUUGUUAAACAAGCUGCUCUUUUCUGAGCUAGCAACAUUUGGAUGACAGAAAUGCUAUCCAUGCUCAGUCAUGGCUAAGAUUCUCAGUUGUUAGGGUUGAUGUUUACUUUGUCUCUGAUUUGUUAGAGGACUGCCACGCUGAAGAUUAUCAUUGUAAUUUGGUUGUAACAUGUACCCUCAGACUGCCUUUAGUUCAUACACCUUGACUGUUGAUAUCCCAAUGAAGUUAGAAGCAACAAAAUAUAACAAUCAUUUUCGUCCA